AUGGAUCCUCUAUGGAACUCUGUUUUAGUUGCUGGGUUCGAUAAUGGUGAACCAUUUCUUUCAUAUGUGGAUUUAUUAGGUGUCACCUAUUCUGCUCCUACUUUGGCAACUGGAUUCGGUUCGUACCUAGCAAUUCCUCUUCUACGUAAAUUGGUCGACAAGGAAGGUGACGAGAAACUAGUGAAUGAACAACAAGCUCGUGCCGCCAUUGAUGAAUGUAUGAAAGUAUUGUUCUAUAGAGACGCACGCAGUAUAGAUAAGUACUCCGUGGCCACUAUCACAAAGGAGUCUGGGGUAAGAAUCGAGAAGGAUCUGCGCUGUGAAGACAUGAGUUGGAAAUUUGCCAAAGAUAUUCGUGGCUACGGCACUCAACGGGAGUGA